AUGUACCAAAGCUUGGCGUUAGCCCAGAGCCCGGGCCAGGGCACUUACGCCGACUCCGGAGCCUUUCUGCACUCUUCGGGAACCGGCUCCCCGGUGUUCGUGGCACCCACUCGCAUGCCCUCCAUGCUGCCUUAUCUGCCUUCGUGUGAGCCGGGCUCGCAGGCUCCCGCGCUCGCCGCGCACUCCAGCUGGACACAAGCAGUUGCGGCUGAUUCCUCAGCCUUCAGCUCCGGAAGCCCGCACCCGCCAGCCGCACACCCACCGGGAGCCACCACCUUCCCGUUCGCUCACAGCCCUCCGGGGUCGGGCAGCGGUGGCAGCGCGGGGGUCCGGGACGGCGGCGCCUUCCAGGGCGCGCUGCUGGCUCGAGAACAGUACCCGACCCCGCUCGGGAGGCCCAUGGGCGCCUCGUACCCCACAACCUACCCAGCAUACAUGAGUUCCGACGUAGCCCCUUCGUGGACCUCCGGNGCCUUCGACAGCAGCAUCCUGCACGGUUUGCAAGCUCGCCCUNGUGGCCUCCCUGGCCGCAGGACCAGCUUCGUACCUGACUUCUUGGAGGAGUUCCCUGGUGAGGGCCGGGAGUGCGUCAACUGUGGAGCCCUGUCUACACCACUGUGGCGCAGGGACGGCACCGGACACUAUCUAUGCAAUGCCUGCGGCCUCUAUCACAAGAUGAACGGGGUCAACCGACCGCUAGUGAGGCCCCAGAAGCGUCUGUCCUCAUCCCGAAGAUCCGGCCUAUGCUGCUCCAAUUGCCACACUGCCACCACCACCCUCUGGAGGCGCAACUCGGAGGGCGAACCAGUGUGCAACGCCUGUGGCCUCUACAUGAAGCUCCAUGGGGUGCCAAGGCCACUGGCAAUGAAAAAGGAGAGUAUCCAGACAAGAAAAAGGAAGCCAAAGAACCCUGCCAAAAUCAAGGGCUCCUCAGGAUCCACAGCAAACACCACAGCCUCUUCUCCCACUCUCCUCAACUCUGAGAGCUCAGCCACC